GAGGAAAAAAACCGGAAAAGGACGAAAGUCAAAGUGUAGCAUGGUGUGCUGUGUGAAUAGGAACUCAGCAAAGUAAAAGAAAUGUUUGGCUACAGUUUAUUUCUGAGAGCGCAGUCAACAAAAUGUUUCGCAAGCAACGUUGCGAUGUUUCUGAGCAGGGCGAACAUAUACAGAAUACAAACAUGCGGAGCUUCUAAAAACGUUGGUGUGGUCAAAUCAAAGGGGAAAGGCAUGAUGAAAGAAGAACUGAAGGGUCCAGAGGUGUGUAAAGAUCCAGUCAAACUUACAUCCUAUGCAGUGGGGGCCAACAUCUUUAAACAAGGAGACGACCCUAAACUGAAGCCUUUUGAGGAAUACCCUGAGUGGUUGUUCCAGCUGAACUUGGGGCCGCCCGCACAACUCCACGAGCUGAAAACUGAUACCUGGGAGUACUGGAAACGUCUCAGGAAAGAAAACAUUUGGCAUCACAACAGACUUCAUAAAGGGAAGAAGUUUUAGACCUGUAAGGACCGGGCUGCAGAUUCUUUCAGUUCACUGGGAGUCUUCACGUUCUGGACUGAAAUGACAGCGAAAGUGACGUGACUCAUGGUCAAAUGUUAAAAUCAGCUCUUUGUCAUAAGUCACACACAGGGUCGUGUGAAUCUAUGCUAUAGUGACUGUGUAGUGGAACUGUUUCAAGUUGUUGGUUUUUUAUUUACAUGUAAUUGAAAUGCAAAACCUCAGUUAAAAUGUAAAAUUGAAACACUGCAUGAUGCCAAGUUUCAAAGCUGUUUUGUAUUGGAAGAAGAAAAAUGUAGACCAGAACAAGACCAUUAUACUGUAGUCUGCAUUAGAUUUAGUAAAGACAUCUAAUUUUUAUUUCUAAAUAAAUUACCUGGCUUGUAUCAUUGCAGAUCUAAAUUACAAAUAAAAUA